CCAACUUGGAUCUCGUUAUUGGCUAAACAAACUCUUAGUGUUAAUUUUCCUCUACUGGUCCGUUCAAACCGACAGCUCGACAAUGCGCUUGUUUGUUCUUCCUUGUCUCGCCUUGUGCGUGGCAAUUGUUAGUUGUGCGCCAGCAGCUGAAAAAGCGGAAGCUGCUGCGGCAAGCGAGAAAGAUGCAGCUGAAGCGAAAGAUGAUGGCAAAACCGUCGAAAAGCGUGGACUUCAUCUAGGAGAUUAUGGAGGACAUCAUCACGAACAUCAUCACGAACAUAUUAAGACUAUAACCAUUGAAAAGAAAGUACCUGUGCCUUACACUGUUACGAAACACGUUCCAUAUACCGUGGAAAAGAAGGUACCAUACGAGGUGAAGGUACCAGUGCCCGAACCAUACUAUGUUGAGAAAAAGGUACCAGUGCAUGUAAAGGAAUACGUGAAGGUUCCAGUACAUGUACCAAAACCCUAUGAGGUGAUUAAGAAGGUACCCUAUGAGGUGAAAGUUCCAGUUGACAAACCGUACGAAGUAAAAGUGCACGUGCCACAACCCUACGAAGUCAUCAAGAAGAUCCCUUAUGAGGUGAAAGUACCCGUGCCACAACCCUACGAAGUCAUCAAGAAAAUUCCUUAUGAAGUGAAAGUUGAAGUACCUGUGCCCAAGCCCUAUGAGGUGAUUAAGAAGGUACCCUAUGAGGUCAAAGUGCCCGUGGAGAAACCAUACCCGGUCGAAGUUGAGAAACCAUAUCCAGUCGAAGUUGAAAAACCAUAUCCAGUCGUUGUGGAGAAGAAGGUACCUUACGAAGUGAAAGUUCCAGUCGACAAACCCUACAAAGUCGUAGUCGAGAAACCUUACCCAGUGCAUGUGAAGGUGCCCGUGCCACAACCUUACACCGUGGAGAAGAAAGUACCAUACACGGUUGAGAAACCGGUACCAUACGAAGUAAAAGUGCCCAUUGAGAAACCUUAUCCAGUUUACUCGGAAGUAAAGGUGCCAGUGCACAAGGAGAUCCCUAUCCCAGAAAAGUACCAUGUUGAAGUGCCAAUCUUCCACAAGGAAGAACAUCAUGAUUAUCAUGGCUCUUAUCAUCACGAAUAAAAUGAAUUCAAUACGUUUAUAACAAGAUGGCAAACUAAAGACGGAGAAGGCUGAGUAGAUGUAAAACGACAUAGUAUGAGAAAAUCGGUGAACACAGUUGAAAAAGGCAAACUGGAUGAAAACUACACACAAAGAAAAUUUAAAUAAUUUCAAAAAAGAUAAAAAUGGCGAAAUUCGAAGAUUGCCACCACAGAUCGCGAAUACAAGUAAGAACAUAAACCGAAGGAAAGGAUGAAAAAAUAGAAGGAAGGAACAAAAGAUAAAAAGAAAUCAAGCAACCAAUAAAGUAAUAAGUAAAAUAACCACUCCAAUUGAUUCCAUCCGAAGGUAAUCAAGAAAGUCUGGACGCAUUCAUGUUGAGCUGAACGGGAGUAACACCAAAACAACAACAACAACAACUUUGAAGAGGAUGUUAAUGAGGAUGAAAUUAGCACAAUAACGAGAACAAGGAGGACCGAUGGCCAGUCGGAUGUUUAGACGAAGGACGGAGGAGGAGGAGGAGAAGAAGCAAUCUAAUGGAAGGGGGGUUCAAUGGGGUAGCCGAGACUGUUGGUUGCGGAUACAUAGAGUAUCCCACAACUAUGGCUACUUCGUUUUUUUCCAUUGUAUUAUAAGCCAAAUGUGUUAUAUAUUUUUUUAUACAACUUGAAAACUGCCCUAGGUUUAAUGCUACUUUAUUUAAAUAAUAAGUUAAAGAAACAC